AGGUAGAAGCAUGCAACAUUGUUGUUUUCUGUUCUUGGCUCCGCCCCCUUGCCUUUUUAAAGGUAAGUGGAGAUUUGAUACCACUGUCAGAAAGAGAAACACACACACACGCACACUCUCACUCUGAUAGACAGAUACUCGCGCUCAAACACACUUGAGUGUUCAGAAAGAAAGGCUGAAAGAAGGAACGGGCAUGAAGAGCAAGCCGUACAUGGCAGAGAUUUACUCCGGCGGGCAGCUUCACCACUUCAUUGAUGGAUAUGACGUGCAGCGCAGCAACUGGAUGCGUUUCGUCAACCCAGCGCGUUCCCCGUCUGAACAGAACCUGGUGGCGUGUCAGAACGGGCGCGAAGUCUUCUUCUACACCAUCAGGCCCGUGGAUCCACAGAGAGAGCUGCUCGUGUGGUAUAGCCAGGAGUUCACAAAAAGGCUGUGUGGACAUGCGGAAGAGCAAACGGAGAGCAUGAAACCAAAGCACUUUGGUGGUGAUGUGACUGAAGCUGACCUCCAGAAGCACUGCCUACCUCAGUGGACCUGCCAUCCCAAACAGGCAUCACAGCCUUACAGCCUCCACAGUCAAGAAGAGGUAACAAAGGAAGGAAAGGACGAGGUUGAGGAAGCUGAGGAAAAGAUUGACGUGGAGGCCAUUGAGCCGGACACGCCACCCAGCACUCCAGAUCAGCACUUGAUGGAAUCCAGUAAGAAGUUUCCCCAGGAAAGAGCACAAAAAUCACAUCCUAAGCUUGUUUCUCAGUCGUGCCUUGACCGAGACCUUCCACUGCAUCCCCAGAGCUAUUACCAAUCCAGGGAAGACUUGACACCAUACCCUUCUCUGCCACACACCUACCAUUUUUUGCCUACUUUUGACCCUCAUUAUCCCCAACUCAUUCUAAGCCCUUACACACCUUCUGUCCCCUCUAUUCCACCCCCCAGAGGACCAUUCCACUACAGCAAUGUCCUGGCAAGUGAAGCCUUGCCCUUUUCAGCCAUGACUCAACCAGGCCCACUCCCUGUUAAUCUUCCUUAUCCUGUCCUACAUCCUCAUACCAGCUUGGAAGAGCGGCAUAUGAAUACAUCACCUCCCCACGGUGCCCCGGCCACCCCCGAACUCUACCCCCUCGUGAAGCACUCCCCAGGGUCUGAGCAUCCAUGCGAGGAGGCCAUCAACCUCAGCUUGGCUGCUAUGCCAAAGAUCAGCUCUCUGACAUCAUCAUCAUCAUCAUCAUCAUCAUCAUCAUCCGUGUCACCACAAGGUCCAGGGUACAAGUCCCUGCCGUACCCACUAAAGAAACAGAAUGGAAAGAUCAAGUACGAGUGUAACGUCUGCUUCAAGACCUUUGGCCAGCUGUCCAACUUGAAGGUGCACUUGCGGGUGCACAAUGGAGAGAGGCCAUUUCAGUGUCCGCUGUGCAAGAAGAGCUUCACCCAGCUGGCACACCUACAGAAACACCAUCUUGUCCACACUGGAGAGAAACCCCAUGAGUGUCAGGUGUGCCAGAAGCGUUUUAGCAGCACCAGCAACCUGAAGACACACCUGCGCUUACACUCAGGAGAGAAGCCCUACCAGUGCAAAGUAUGUGGGACCAAGUUCACGCAAUACAUCCACCUGAAGCUGCACCGCCGCAUGCACAGCUCAAGCGAGCGACCACAUUGCUGCCCAUUGUGCCACCGUGGCUUCCUCCAUCACUUUUCCCUCAGGCUACACCGUCGCUCGGGAUGUUGCACCGCCAAUUCCCGGCCUGAAAGUCCCGAGCUGAGGUACGCCGCUGAGAUCCUCGAGCGAUUUGAUGUCAGCGCCGAGGCUGAAGCUCUCGUAGAGAAUUCAUCGGAGAUCGAAGUCGAUGCUGCUCUGGAGAGGUGGCUGGAGCUGGACGAUCGACCCAAACCCAGCCACUUCAAAAAAGCCUCGGACCCUGACCUGCUGAAAACCUCCGGACUGGGGCAAUGGCAAGAGAGAGCCAGCGUGGUGCGCUUUGGUGGUGAAGGAAGAGUACAAUGAGGAACAAAAGGAAAGGAUGUUUAGAUUCCAGUCCCAGAAGUAGUCUAAAAAUCGUCUGUGUUUGCAUGUAGUCUAUGCCAUAAAAACAACAUAAAAAACCUGAGAGCACGAGAGCUAAACCAAGCCAAGAAGCACCAAAUACAUAAACAGCAUUUCCAAAGACUUAAUAAUUGCACUUAAGCCUUCUGUUCAUUGGGCAGAGAGUGAAGGCGAUCAGUUACAUCAUGGUACUUGUUUUAUUUUGUUUUGUUUUGUGUGUUUUUGAGUUCAUAUUAACUUAUUACUCUCAGUACUAUUUGUGUCUGAUUUUAGAAAUAUAGAAAAUGUCAUUUUUGUACACUGUUAUUGCUGUUGUUUGAAAAAUAAUAUCGACUUUUUUCCCUCAGGAAAUGCUGUCAAUCAGGGAAUUGUUAACAAUAUAUACAAAAUAUAUCAGGGCUUUGUUGUGUGAAUGUUUUCCGCGUACGCCGUUUCUGAGGCACACUCGCUGUAAAUCGAGGUAUAAGAAAUUCUGCAAAUAGUUAUGCAAUCUUUGGUUUGCAAUCGUUUUUGAUCCUACUUCUUUAAAGAGAAGUCAGACUUCCAUUUUAUUAUUUAUUAUUUAGAGAAGUCCUUUUUUUUUUUUUGCUUUCAAUAUAAUGUAGUAAUUCGGUCGUACAACACUGAACUGAACUUUUGGUGUAUUUUCUUGAGCACCAAAUCCACAGCAGGAACUGAAGUUAUUAUUGAUCUCAGGACACAUUGGGUGUAAUUUAUUACUGUAUUCUCUUUGUUUUAAUUUAUUUAACAUUAGCACUGGAAAAAGCAGGAUCUCGAUCCAUGUGCGUGGUUACUGUUACGUAACGAUGACAGGAAUUCGUUUAUGGAUUAUCUUUGUUUUUCAUGUAGGAUUCUUUUGUACAGUUUUGUUUACUCAGUUAUUUUUGAUGUUGAUACUUUAUAUGUCAGAGUUUAUUUUCACUGAACUUUUUUAAUGUAGCACAUUAAAUAUAUUUCAUCUAAAAUUUCAGUGUUUUUCUUGUUUGUAUUUGCCAUUAAAAGAAUUACUUUACAAAUUGAUUUUAAAUUAAAUUGUGGACAAGUCUCUUGAAAUGAGAGAGCUCCACAGGGAAAAAAACAAAACAAAAAUGUUGGAUCCAGGGCUUUUCUUUUACCUGGGGAAUUUUUCCUCUCUUCCUGCUUCUUUCUUUAC